UACAACGAGGAGCACGCCGAUCUGAUCUUGCGUUCAUCGGACAACAUCGAGUUCAGAGUUUACCGGGGCAUUCUCUACAUUUUGUCACCCGUUCUGAAGGAUCUCAUCACGCAAAAACUCGCCGAACACCCAACCUUGGACGAUGUUCCGUUGAUCAGCGUACCAGAGUCCAACAGUUCAGUCCUUGACACCUUCUUGCGCAUUUGUUAUCCAGGGCCCAAUCCCGUCCAUCUCCCUCCAACUGAGCUCUACCACCUCAUUCACGCGGCCGAAAAGUACCAGGUGCAUGCGGUGUCACAUUGGGGGUGGGAACGGCUGCUCCAAGCCACUGCCGAUGAUCCUGUUGGCACAUAUGCCGUGGCAUGUCAUCUGGAAUGGGUGGCCGACGCACUCUCAUGCGCAAAA